UGAGCUCACCGCCCACACAGACACCCUGCAUCUCCAGUCCCACCAAUUCCCUGGGCCAUUUCUCCCUCACCCUCAGGCAGUUUCCACUCAACACCUGGCUAUUGCAAUCCCCUCCCCUAUCUCCCAAUGAAGAUGGAUUUGGUGGGGAUCUCAGGCCCAAAAGAAGAGGCCAACAAGGAGAAGAUGUGUGGCUUACAGUCAUUGAACAGCCAAGGCAGCCUGGACUCCAACAGGGAAGAUGACAGAGGUUCUCUCAUUCUGACCCUCACCCUCUACAACGUGAGGAAGAUUGAGCUCUCUAAGGCAGCUGAAGUCUUUGAGAUGUUUGAAACUCAAAUCUAUCACUUUGAAACCCGUCGAACCAAAAAGUCCAAGAACUCUGCUGAUGGUCUUGACAUUUUUGUUGAAUGUGAAGUUCACAGUGCUGAUGUUGGUAUCCUCAUCACCACCUUAAAGAGAGUAGCAAAGGAUGUGAAAGCCAGCAGAGAAGACAAAGUGCCCUGGUUCCCUAGAAAAAUCCAAGAUCUGGACAAGUGCCACCAUCUGAUCACGAAGUAUGAUCCCAGUUUGGACCAUGGCCAGCCUGGAUACGCUGACCUGGAGUAUAACAAACGGAGGGCGUUCUUUGCUGACCUGGCCUUUAAUUACAGAGUAGGAGACCCUUUACCUCACAUCGAGUACACAGCACAGGAAACAGCAACUUGGGGAGAAGUCUACAGGAAGCUGAGGAGCCUUUACCCUACUCACGCCUGUACACAGUACCUGGAUGCUUUCCAGCAGCUCGAGAAACACUGUGGCUACCGAGAGGAUAACAUACCUCAACUUCAGGAUGUCUCCAGAUUUUUAAAAGAGAGAACAGGUUUCCAGCUGACACCAGCUGCAGGACUGCUGUCUGCUCGUGACUUCCUUGCCAGCCUGGCAUUUCGUGUCUUCCAGUGCACACAGUAUAUUAGGCAUUUCUCUUCUCCCAUGUAUUCCCCAGAACCAGACUGCUGCCAUGAGUUGUUGGGUCAUGUUCCCAUGCUGGCUGACAAGGAGUUUGCCCAGUUCUCACAGGAUAUUGGACUGGCUUCUCUUGGAUCAUCUGAAGAGGAGAUUGAGAAACUGGCCACACUUUAUUGGUUCACUGUGGAAUUUGGCCUCUGCAAGCAAAAUGGAUUGAUCAAAGCUUACGGGGCAGGACUGCUUUCAUCCUAUGGGGAGCUGAUGUAUGCCUUGUCAAACGAGCCAGAGUACAAGCCUUUUGAUCCAGAAGUGACUGCAGUUCACCCCUAUCAGGAUCAAGCCUUCCAGCCUGUCUAUUUCAUAGCAGAAAAUUUGGAAGAUGCCAAAGUCAAGCUUCAGAACUACACGAUGAAGAUCAAGAAGCCUUUUGCUCUGCACUAUGACCCCUUCACCAGCCGCAUAGAGGUUCUGAACACACCACAGAAAGUCAAGAGGGCACUCCACCAGAUAAAAGAGGAACUGAAAAACCUCUGCUUGUCCCUUGAAAACCUCUCUUAAAACCGCAGCAAUACAACUCACCUGUCACUGAGAUACUUGUAGGUGGUGCUAGCUCUUGAAGGCUUAGUGAUGAAGAGGUACUCACAGGCAGAAAUCUUAAAUGCACAAACCAGCUCAGUUCAGAUAAUCUUUUCACUAUAUUUUAGGCUGCUGACUUAGACAAAAUAAUGGGCUCCUGCUUAGAAUGUUUCAACAACAAACAAGAUCAGCUUACUCCAAUUUUUGGUAGGUGAUAUGAGCUACAUCUGUUUGUAGUGUUACGGGACUCUUACAGGUUUUUUUCCUUCCCCUGCCACCUUUUCAAGUUAUCUGUCACAAAAUAGCAGGGUAACUUUCCAUCCCCACAGUGUUUUACUUGCUGCCUUAAUGACAUGAUCACAACCUCUGAGGCUGGCUAGCUGCCUACAGUCAGCAGUCCUUGCAGCUAACUCCUUUCUGCUAGCAAUUAGCAUCAGCUAUUGCCCACACACUAUGAAUGGUCCCCUUAAAAUAUGCAAAUAGAAGAGCUUGUAAGAGCAGCACUUCUGCUCACUAUUUAAGUACUCAUCUCAUUCAGUAGCCUGCAAAUAUGACAAAAUAAUUUCUUGUCACACUUAAGAUCACAGAAUAGUUGUAUCUUGAUUAAAAAGAAGGCAGAAAAUAAAAGGCUCAAGAUGCUCUGGCUCUGUCACAUACAAGGAUGCUUACUUUGAAUGGGAAAUUUAAAUUUUGGGAAGGAAAUUCUUGUGUAAGGAAAGAUUUGCAAAGAGGCCUUUAGCAAAUAGGCUUGCAUUGCUUUUUUCAUGGCAUUCAGAUUCUCCUGGAUACCUUUAGAAAUCUUUGCUUCUUAUUAGUAUCAUGAUGACUGUAGUAAUAAUCAAAACGCCAAAUCUAUGGAACACCUAGUGGAAAACCUAAGAUCAGCCACUAGCAGCUGUAUAGCCUUGCUAUGGAAAAAAUAUCUGAUAUGUUCUCCAACCCAUCUUGUCUCCCCCUCCAACCCCUCUCUGAGAUGUGCCUGAAAUUUAUUUAUACUCCACAGGUUUUGUUUCCCAGAAUCAGUCUCCUCUUCCAGACUUCCAUGCUGUUCAUAUCCCCUUCCUUCCUCUACUGUGCACAAAUAGAGGGUAGUUCAGGAAAAGAAGAUGAUGCCCAAGACCAGAAAGGGUCCCUCUGCUCUUAGCAGCAGUGCGAGCCCAUGGGGUCAAUGCAGGUUACAGGCAUGGCAUAAGCAGGGAAAAUGUGGAUCUCAUGGCGCAGGCUGGGUGAUAGUUAUCCACAAAUGUAAGGUAGAUUUAUCCCGUGCCGCUUGGAAGCUCUGUUUAUUUAUUCAAAAUUGUGUUUAGCAUGUGGCUGCCUUGUCCACUGCUACCCACUAGCUGCCAGUGUACAGGGUCUGAGCUCUGAGGAAAGUGUGAGGUGGUUUGGCUCUUGAUGGAAAAGGAGUUAUGGGAAAAGGACUCACCAACUCUGCCUGAGCUGCUCACUGUGAGAUAGGAAAAUGUACACAGUCACCACAGAGAAAGCCACAGGCUGUUAUUUCAUACAGACCUUAUCUCACUGUAAUUUUUCCACUUGUCAGGCUCUAUAGAAACUGUCUUAUUGAAAGUCAAAAGAAUGCGGUCUCUUAAACCUUCAUGUCUACAGCACUUCAGAAAAUUUUCCCAUGGGCAGUAAUAUUCAGGAUCUGGGGACCUGCUGCAACUGCUCCAUUUUAUUAAAAUGUGGUGAUGCCUGAAAAAUUUGGAAGUAUCUUGGCAAAAGUGGCUGUGAGACCCCCUUCCUCUCAACAGCAGGAACAUUCCAAGCUCCUUUUUUAUUUUAAUUUUUUAAAAAAUUCUACUCCAGGAGAACACUUGCAUAUCAUAAGCCCUGUUUUGCUAGAAAUUCAGCCAGAGACAGAGCUGAAGUGAGUUCCUUUGCUUCCAGUAUAUUUCUGCUGUGAUGGAAGAUGAUCUCUCAGCAUGCUUUUAUGGGUUUAAUUCUACUUAUCCUGCUCAUAAACACACACACACAAAUACCAUUCCUCCUCAGAGCAAUUUGUUUCCUUACAUCUUGUAGUAAUUUAUCUGUCUGCUUCCUGCCAAUUGGUGCAUAGGCAAAAAUAUUUGAUAGCUCACAACAGAUUGUUUUCAGAAGUAUUAUUUUCAUCAAUCAGUUCUUUUACAGUGCAAAUUGAAUCAUGUGCUCCAAUUCUGUGUGUUUUCCUUUUCUUUCUUUUUAAGUGGAAGAUAACACCAGAGCGGAAGAGCUAUCAAAAUAUUUUCUAUAGACGGACUCUGGGCCAUAGGGUCUUUUUCAAGUAUUCCCUCUGAAAUGGUUGAAUGUGGAAUUUAGACUUGAGUUUGGCUAUUACUCAGAACAGACCUAUAUUUGGAAGAAAUCAGAGACCUGAUGGAUUUGUUUUGCCCAAGGCCUCACACUUUCUUUGGAGGGACUCCAGGCCCGCCCACACACCCUUGUCUUUUCCAGUUCCUGUAGCAAGGAGAGAAAAAGAAACCAUUUUGGAGCCAGAUUCUCCCACCCUUACACAUGCUGAGUAGUACCCAGCCUCUCAAGCAAUCUCAAGCAACAGCUCUGAGCCUGUUUAAGGUGCUGCACAUAGGCAAUAAGAGCAAGAUUAUCAAAACCACAGUGGGUGUACUUUCUUUUUCCUUGUCUUAGUGAUAGUCAGCUGGCAUACAUGGCUAGGGUAGGCUGCAGUGAAACUUGGUGAAGCUACAAAAGUAAUGGAUUUGGCUACCUGAACUUUUAAGGUGUGUAGAUAUUUUUCCAAAGGAGGUAAAUCUUCCCUCCUUACUCAGGCAGAACCUACCCCAGGCUAGCCAUGUUUGACGCUCCCCUCUGAAAAGGUCCACAUUCUUUUCUUUUGAUUCAGUGUAGUGACAAAACAAAAGCCUUCAGGGUUACAUCCUUAUGAGUUACACUGGUCAUUCUGCUCUUCCAAUAGUCAUUCUUUCAUUUCCUCACAGAAGCCAACAAAUACCUCAUCCUCCUGUCAGUCUAAGGCAGCAGUGAUGGGAAAGGCAGCAAUGGGGCCUCCCAAUUAAAAUAAUGGCACAGAGGAAAAAGCACCAACCAGUAAAAAUAUGCCUUUUUGUCAGUUUGCAUUUCAGCAGUUUCAUAUUAAUCUUGCACAAGAAGGUUCCAAAGCCAAGUAAAACACAUCUUGUGACUUGAAUCUGAACUGAUGAACUCCCCAUGGGCCCUUUGCUUAUCCCGAUAAACUUAUUUUUCCUAGAUGGAGUGCAUUUAGAACAAAAUAGUGUAUGUUAUUAAAUCUGUAUUGUGCUGUUCUGUUAUAGAUGGGAGAGUUAGUAAAUUCAGUUUGUGGGUUUGGGUUUGUUUUGUUUUUUGGCUAACCAAGUCUGUCCUCUACCAAUUUUGGUCCACCUUCAAGCCUCCAGCUGCUUCACUGCUUCCCUGCAGAUUUGCUAGGGAUGCCAAGGGUACCACUGUGUAAGGAGAAUACACAGUUAUGCAAUUUGGGGAAUUUGGCAGGACAGGAAGAGGAAAUUUAGGCUGGCCUCCCACCCACUCCCAUGAGAAAUAGUAUUGUAUCACAAGGCAGAGCUGUCAUCCUCAGAAAGACCUUCUCCAUCACUUCCCUCUGGUUCCCUUAACAUUUUGAUCUUUGUACUACCUGGUGAAUAUAAACCUUUCUUAACCCCUUCAAGAAAGGCUGGGGUGGGGGUGAGGGGAAGGAGGGGUGAGCAGAAAAAGAAAAAAAAAAAAAAAAGAAAAAAGAAAAUGACCUUCCAAGAAGGGAAACUUCAUUACCCUCAGUCUUCUUUAUCUCUGCUGAUCCAUGAAGAAAGAAGAAAACAUAUCAAGCUUCCAUGGAAUAGAUAGUGUAUUCCCAAAGAAACCUGCAUUGUAUUCUUCCAGUGUGUACAAUCCACACAUGAAGAUCUCCUUAUGCCCAUGACUGAAACGCCAUCAUUCCCCAAGUAAAUCACGACCACUAAUUAACCGUGCACAGAAGUGUUACACGACUUCUUGAGUCAGGAAGUGAAGCUACCAGGAAAAACCCUGCAGCAGCUUUGCCUUCCGCACCUACUGCAAAAACAGAAGGUUCUCUGGAGUCUGCUUCCGUACAUAUCCUACAGUAUGGAGAAAUUCCAGUUGGCAUAGAAGCAGAGGGGUAUAUACACACAUCCCCAGUAAUCUCACCCACCCCUAAUCAGGAGUUUAUACGUGGGCUUUGAGAUUUAGUCAGAACACAUUACUUCGCAGCAUUCUUCAGCUGGCACAUGAUCAGAAGCUGGCAGAAAGGGUUAUUGGCUGUAUCAUAUUAAAUAUACAUUAGGUUUGGGUAAAGCUGGUGGCUGAGGCCCAAAGUGAAAGCAAAUCUCUGGCACCCUCUGCCACCACACAUAUUCCCCAGGGGAAAGAAAGACAGACUGGAAAAGAAGCAGAAAGGCUGACAACUGGCGGAGCAAAGGGAUGAGGAACAGAAAGGACCAGUAGAUAUGCCUGAAACAUGCUUGCUUUGCAUAUGCUGCUUCAUUAUAUUAGAGAAACAUUUCUGUCUGAACGGGAGCUUUUUAGCAUAAAUGAGGAAAUUUUGUACCUGUGAGAGUGUGGAGGAGUCAAGGUCACUUAAGACUUUUUAACCGUGCCUGAGGAGUGUUAGCUUUAUCUAAGGCAUUUACUUUCGACAUGGGAUACAAAAGCUGGAGAGCAGAAAGAGGUCUUUAGAAAAGAGUUGUGGUGUGUAGAAACAACACACCAGAGAAGGGCAAAAAGUCUUGUGAAGGGUUUAGAAAAUGUCUUAUGAGUAACAGCUGAGGGAGAUGGGUUUGUUUAGUCUCAAGAAUAAGAGUUUUGGGGGACCUUGUCACUCUCUACAACUCCCUGGAAGGAGGGUGUAGGGAGGGAGGGUCAGUCUCUUCUGCUGUACCUGCAGUGAGAGGACAAGAGGAAGUGGCCUUCAGCUGAGACAGGGGAGAUUCAGGUGAGAUAUCUGAAAAAUUUGUUCCCUGCUAGGGUGGUCAGGCAUUGGAAUAGGUUGCCCAGGAAGGUGAUGGAGUUACCAUUCCUGGAGGUGGUCAAGAGGUAUCUGGAUCUGGCACUAGGGGACGUGGUUUAAUCAUUCAGGAGUUACAAUGGUAGUUCUGGGUGGACAGUGGGACUGGAUGAUCCUGAAGGUCUCUUCCAACCUUGACAAUUCUGUGAUUCUACAAUUCUGUGAAAGAUGAAGGUGACAAGGCCUUACUGCCUUGCAAGACAGAGUAGUCCUAAAUUUUAAGUGAAGGCUGCCUUAGGAAGGAAAAGUGAGCAGCUGGCCAAGCACUGCCCUCUCAGCAGAAGACUGUAAAAUUAUUGUUUCUAUAACUAUAUGCUAGGUGCUGUCUUUUACCCUGUUUAACUAUUUUGUCAAGAGCUUUCUUAUUUCUAUUAGUUUAAAAUGUUAUUUAUCGAUCCUUUUGAUUUGUGCUUGCAAAUGGGGAAAACCAGCUCUUUGAACACAAGAAAGUUCAAGAUUAUUUUCCCAGGGUUUUGGGUGGAACUUGACCAACACAUGGACACUCUUAAACUUAAACCUGGCCCUUGAUGAAGGCAAUUAAGACCUGGCAAAAUGGUUACACUUGGGUAAAGAAAGUGACAGCUACCCUCUGAUGUAUCCAAAACAAAUCUCUGCUCCCAUCCAUAACCAGUGGUGCUAAUCUUCAAGGUACGCCUUUCACAACAUUAACCGUGAUAGAUUUAAACAUAAACAUCUAAAUAUAAACCAUAGCAGCUAACACUUGUCAGGUACAGUACAGGUACAGUAACUAGAAGAAUCCUGCUUAAUAAAAAUUUGGAUACCAUUUACUGUGAUGUGGUCUAUUUCAGCUGUUGCUGAAGUUGUAGAGUUCAGGCAUGGUGUGCAAUAAAACUGGUUUUAGUGAAGCCAGUUUGACUGAUCUGACUUGCAGACUCAGAAUCAACAGCUAAAUUUCUGUUGAGUAGGCUAAUGGCUACAAUGUGGAAGUAAAAAUAAAGGAUCCAUUUACAGUCAUACCACUGUGCAUCAUUUAGUACUUUCCUCUUAUAUUUACUGACAGAGAAAAAAAAACCCCACUGUUAGUAUUAUUCAAUAUUUCUUGAAGUGGUAGACUGGCACACUUUGGAUACUCUGAUAUAAAUAGACAAUUAAAAUGAAUUAAUAGAAGGAAAAUAUCUAUUAAUCUAUUAAUUAACAAAUGCUGUCUUUCAAUAACAUCUCACAAGAUGACAGAGAUGAUCAACAUUGUGUUUUGUACAAGUCUGUUAGGAGCAGCCUCAAUAGAACCUGUAAAAUAAAAAAAAUUUUUAAAAAAUUAUUAAAAAAAAAAAAAGUAAAGAAAAAGAAAAAAGGGAAAAAAGGCCUGUUUUUAAGUAUUUCCUGAAUGAAUCCCAAAACUGAUGGGUUAGAAAUGGAAUGUGUGCUGGAUGAUGAUAUGAAUUUUGUUGUGUUUAAUUCUUGUACUUCAGACAUUUCAAUUUGGUUCUGACUCUUGAAUUAGUUCAUAUUUCUUGGUUUAAAUCUGAGCAAAUAAAAUGAUUUAACUUGA